AUGGACGACAAUAUGGAUAUGGACAUCAAGGACGAUGCCAACGACAUGGACCUCAAGCCGGAUGCAGGUCUGGGAGACCAAAUGCCCGACAAUGUCCUCAUGGACCAGAACAUGGACGACCUCUUCGGCGAGGCGGCGGAUGGGCUGGGCGUUGAUGCGUUGGGUGUCGGCUUGUCUGUUCUUCCCAUUCCGCCAGCGCUGGUGAACCGCAUAGAGGAGAAGCAGGACAGAGGGUGUUGCACUAAACUGGCCUGGUCCACCUCCGGCAGCAUCGCGCAGAUCACCGACCAUGGCCGCAAGGUCGAGUUCAGAUGCAUGCUUCGGAACCCCAAGACCAAGGAGUGGAGGCUCACAGAGCCGUCCAAGACGCCUAUUGUAGCGCCGGAAGGGACAAUUUUCGAGCAUGUCCACUUCAGUGGCGUUGGCAUAGAUCUUGCUGUCGCUGACAACCAUGGCCAUGUGCGCGUGUAUGCGCUUGUUGGCAACCUUGGAAAGAUGCUGCUCUCCCCCAACAACUUUUCACAGGAAGUGGAUAGUCAAGGCGUUGACGUCGCAGUGGGACUACAUUGGUUGCCAGUGUAUCCGACUGAGUUUAAGGUCCCAUACAUGUCACCUGCCACCAAGAUUGGCGACAAAUGGAUGACCGAGCUACGAAAUCCCAAUACAAGUGACCCUAAAGUGCAUCACCCAGCUGAUGGACGGUCUAGCUUGCUCUACGUUACUCGCAAUGCCAAACUCAGGCUCAUGUAUCAGAAUGAUGGCGUGUGGCAUGCUGCGUCCGCCGAGCUAGAAGGUGGUUCUUCAUCGAGCGACCAACUUACACACGCUGCUAUGGCAGAAAAUGCCGACCAUUUGCUGCUUGGGACUCACGACACACGCAAGCGAUUCUGUCUAUACAAGAUCGCAAUCACUUGGAAUGCUACGCAACACACUCGACCUCAGCAGCCGCCGUCCACCAUUGUCGCGCCGACUCUGGAGAUCGCGCGCUUGACCGUGCUCGAACAUAUCUCAGCUCAGCACGCUGACCUUGCCACACUAUCGGAGCUGCGACUGGUUCCUCCUAUCGCGCCAAACGUGGCGCAAACCGAUCCACCCAGUCUUCCGACCAUCAUCGCAGUCUUUACCCGUGUCCCCUUGCCGGUGGAUCCAACACAGCAGCACCAAGAGGCUUUCAGCAUCAUCGCCAGAUGGCAGGUGGAGACGACAACGGCGGUGCAGCAUGAAAGCUUUGCGAAGCUGAAACCCAAUGGCAACACUGCACCACAGUCUGGGGUCGCAGUCUUGAGAAGGCAGGAAGACAACAUCACCAGCAAGGUCGUGCUGUCCGUGGAGCCACAAUAUCACAACACUAUUCUGGCACUCUGCGCGAGCGAUGGGACUAUCGAGUUCCGUGAUCGCGUGACAAUGGCCAGUCUGGAGCCAUACGGCGAUACUACUACCGUCUCUAGCCUACCCCAAGCCGGUUUCGAGCAUGUCGCUGGCGACCACGUCCCCAACGUGGCGAUGUCCCCGGACGGGAGCAUGCUGGUUACGACGAAGGCAGAUGAUACGGUCUCGACAAAAUCGAUGCAACUUCGUUACAGCUGGCACCCUCUGGAGGACGGCAUGAGCGACCCCAAAGGUCUCAUCGAAGCAGCUGUUGUCUGUCUUGCGAGACAAUACGGCAUCCUCUGCUGCGCCAGCGCCGCCAAUGACGAUUCUCUGGCUCUGCUACCACCCGACCUCAGCCCGGAGCUGCGGUCUCUUUACAUCCGCGAGGUCAUAGAGAUGACCAAUCGUCCAAUGGACAUGGCGACAUGGGAGCUCAACAAGCAGCAACAAAACGUCAUCCGCGAACCCAUCCUUCGCGUUAUCGCCAGCGCGCAGUUCGUCAUCAACAAGAAGCCUGGAACGCAGAAACCAACGCUAAUGGGCAAGUUCGCCUACAUCUAUCUCAAUGCCCGACUCUGCUGUACGGUUCUCGCGCAGGUCAUUGCGAACAAGGAGACCCAUCUCCACCCCUCGCACCUGCAUUCUCUUCGCGGCGUGGCGAAAUGGUGCUGCGACCUCCUCUGCUGGGUGGCCGACAGCCUCAUCACCCUCAAACGCGCCAGCAAGACCGCUGCACCGGACACCCCACCACAUCAAGCGUUCAUGUAUGCAGUGUUGGAAAGAGACUCCCCCAUCCUCAACCUCUUCCUCUGCACCUACACCCGCGUCUUCCUGCGCUUCAUGUGCGUGACCCUGAGCCGCUACCAGAUGGCCGCCCGGCAAGCCCUUCCCACCGCCCGCUCCGUCACGGAACACCGAGAACUCGAAGACACACUCGCCUACUUCACCGAACUCCCCUUCAAAUUCCCCGCCUUCGAGGCCCUCAUGUCCGACGUCGACGCUUCGGUCCGUCAAGCCAUCACUUCCCGCUCUCUGCAGCACGAGCGCCGCGUGGAGUUGGAGUUGAGCGUGAUGACCUCCACCACUAUCCCGGAAGAAUACCUCCCUGUGAUCCAACACCUCGUCGGUACCGCCCUGCCGAAAUUCAUGGAGCAGAUCGACUUGCCGGAGCUCUACUUCCGGGACACGACAUGGCUGGGCAUUGAACCCACUCGCGAGGAGGAGGGGGGGAGGAGGGAGCAGUACGAUGUGCUGCGGAAGUUGCGGAUUGCAAAGGGAGCGAAGCUGAGAGUUUGUAGACGGUGUGGGAGUGUGAUGGAGGAUGUGGAGCCGGGGGGGAGGGAGAUGUGGGGAUGGGUGGUGCAUGCGCAGCGGACUUGUGUUUGUGGGUGUUAUUGGGUGAUGGCUUAG